GCGGGAAACAACGUGACAACGUCAUUUGCUGUUCUCACUCCAUUCAUUCAUGGAUGUCAUUUCUCUUUCAGCCUCAGCCUUUCCCUCUCUCUUUGUCUGCUUGCUCAUUGUUAAACCUUCCUCGAGCUUCCCUUAGGAAACCUUGCUUGUCCGAGGCAGGUCGCACACACCACUCUCCGCGCAAGUCGGUCGGGCUUCGUGGUCUCUUUUCCGCCCACAUCUCCGGGAACCAAUUCCCUCCCUCCCUCCCUCCUCCCCUCCGUCAAUUGAUCGCAGCCGACGUCUAGCCCAUCAUGCUGUCGCUUUUGUGGUCGGUUUUCUUCGUCCAUGUCGCCAUCUAUCUGGUUAAUACCAUUGGCGCUAGCACGAUUGAUAAUCUGGUAUGUUAUGUCUGAGAGCUUCUUGGGGGGCGGCCAUUUAGCUGUCAUGCCUUGAGCU